GGCGGUCAAUCACUCAUUUCAAAACCCAUCUUUCUCUCUCACACACACAAACACACACAGUGUAAGAAACCCUAACCUAAAUUACAGCAAUGAAGGGGAUGAAGCCAUUGAAGCAGCUAAAGCUCUCUGUUCCUGCUCAAGAAGCUCCAAUAACAAGCUUCCUGACUGCAAGUGGAACGUUUCAUGAUGGGGAUUUGCUUUUGAACUUCAACGGUUUACGAAUCAAAUCUGAAGAAAAGGAAGCUAGUGUAAAGCUUCCGGAGACUAAGGAAAUUGAUCUAAAAUUUUCACUGGAAGACCUUGAAACGAUUAAAGUCAUUGGAAAAGGAAGUGGAGGCGUUGUUCAACUGGUUCGGCAUAAAUGGGUCGGAACAUUAUUUGCUUUAAAGGUAAUUCAGAUGAACAUACAAGAAGAUAUACGUAAACAAAUUGUUCAAGAACUCAAAAUAAACCAAGCAUCACAAUGUCCACAUGUUGUUGUUUGUUACCACUCGUUUUACCACAAUGGAGCUAUCUCUCUGGUGUUCGAAUAUAUGGACCGUGGAUCUUUGGUGGAUAUUAUCAGACAAAUUAAAACGAUUCUUGAACCGUAUCUUGCUGUUGUCUGCAAACAGGUACUGCAGGGUCUUGUGUAUUUGCACAAUGAAAGACAUGUAAUUCAUAGGGACAUAAAGCCAUCUAAUCUUUUGGUAAACAAAAAAGGUGAAGUCAAAAUUACGGAUUUUGGUGUGAGUGCCAUGCUGGCAACCUCUAUGGGUCAACGUGAUACAUUUGUGGGAACAUAUAAUUACAUGUCGCCCGAAAGAAUUAGUGGUGGUGCGUAUGAUUAUAAAAGUGAUAUCUGGAGUUUGGGCCUUGUGAUUCUUGAGUGCGCUAUUGGACGAUUUCCGUAUAUACAAUCUGAAGAUCAAAAAGUUUCGCCCAGUUUCUACGAGCUUUUAGAAGCUAUUGUUGCAAAACCACCACCAAUGGCUCCAGCAGAUCAAUUUUCACCAGAAUUUUGUUCUUUUGUCUCUUCAUGCAUACAGAAAGACCCUAAAGAUAGAUCAUCAGCUUUAGACCUUUUGAGUCAUCCCUUCAUCAAAAAGUUUGAAGACAAGGAUAUUGAUCUAGCAAUUCUGGUCGGUAGUUUGGAACCACCGGUAAAUUUUACUAGGUAAGUUUAAACCGAAAACGUAACAUUUGCUACAUACCAAACACUCUUAUAUAGUAUCUUGUAGAUUAAAUCGUAUGUAUUAUCACAUUUUCGACAAAUAUCAUCGCAAUGUAUGUUUGCAAGUUGCUUCUGUAUUA